AUGAAAAGUUUUGUAUUUGACAAUUAUUCUAUUUCUUAUGAAAAAGAAUUAAAUGAAGAUGUCAUAAAUAAAUAUAUUUUAAAUAAAUUGAGUUUAAUUUUUAAUAACAAUAUAAAAUCAAUUUCUCAGGAUAAUAAUAAAUCAAAUGAAAAUGAUAAGGAACAAAAUAAAGGACGUGAAAAUGUAGUAACUCUUGAUAAAAAUAGCACAAAUAUUACUGAAAAAGGCAAUGUGAGUUUAUAUGAAAGACAUAAUAUAAGUGUUAUUGAAAAAAAAAAAACGGAUAUUAUUGAAAUAAAUAAUACAAAAAUAUCCGGAAAAAAUAAUUUAAAUAUUAUUGAAAAAAACAAUAUAAAGAAUGCUACUGAAAAAGAUAGCAAUAUAAAUAAAUUAAAGAGAGAAAAUACAUCUGAUAUAAUAAAUAAUAAUAUAAAAGAAAAAGAAAAUAGCAUAAGUAUUAAUGAUUUAUUUAGAUUAAAUUCCGAUAUAUAUCAUAAUAUUGACACUACAUUAAAAAAAAAUAAUUUAAAUGAAAUAUUAGCAAAUGAUAACGUGCAUAUAAAUAAAAAAAAUGAAAGAUGGAAAAGAUACAUUAAGAAUAUUGAACCAUUUUUAGAUGUGCAUACUAUAAUUAAUCUAAGUCAAACAUGUAAAUUCUUAUACAAAAGAAAAUAUAAGGUUGGAAAUAAUAGAUUAAUAUUUAAUAGUUAUUUAGGUUAUAAUCCUAAAAUAAUAUAUGAAUUUGUUCUACCUAGAAUAUAUAAGCAUAUUCAUAGAUCAGUUCGAAGAAGACUUUGCCUAGAUUUUACUUUAUGCACAUUAAUAAAAGAUAUAACGGUGGCUAAUAUUUUAAAUCAAAUAUACAAGUUUGAUUCCUUGAAUACAAAACAUCUAUUUAUUUAUAAUUUACAAGAAAUUUAUUUUGAUUAUUGCCACCAUUUAACAGAUAAAACAUUAGAAGUUCUAGCUCAAACAAGAUUACCAUCCUUAAAAACAUUAAGUAUAAAAUGUGUAAGAAAUAAAUAUUUAACAUGUGCUCCCUUAACAGUUAUGUUAAAAAAAAGUAAUUGGCCAGUUUUUACAAACUUCAUAUGCUCUUUUUCAAAUGCAUGGUUAGAGCCAAUUUUUAUUGUAUCUAAUUUUAUUAUUAAUAGAGCAAAUAAUCAGAAUCAUAUAAUUUAUCAUAAAUUAAAAAACUUGCGUAAGAACCUGGAAACUAUGAAAAAUUUUGAUAAUAAUAUGAUCAUAACUAAUGAAGAAAAUUGUGAAUAUGAAAAGUUAAAAAAAAAUAAAUCGAAUAAUAAUAGUGACGCAGUGAUAUACGAUGAUAAAACUGAAGAAAAUGGCAAAAAAAUUAUUAACGAAAAUAAUAAAUAUAAUUUGAUAAGUUUGCAAAAUUGUACUGACAAUAAUAUAGAUAAAUCAAAUAUAAUUGAUUAUAACAAUAAAAAAAAAUUGAAAUCUUUACUUAAUAGUGAAACUGAAUGCAGUAUUAGCCAAUCAGAAACAAAUAAUAAUUUUAAUUUAUUUAAUAACUUUUUUCAUAGUACUAUAAAGCAUUUUGGUUAUUCCUCAAAAUUUAAAAAUAGUUUUAAUUAUGGAGAUUAUAAUAACUUUAAUAAAAACUAUUUUCAAAAUAAGAAAGAUGAUAUAAAUAAUACUUUAAACAAUAAUAUAAAGAGUGAAAAUGACAAAUAUAUAAAUAAAACAAUUACUGAAGAACAUAUUCGUGCUCAAGAAUUACAUGAAAAAAAAGAUAUUUUUGAUGAGUUUUUAUCUAGUGAUUACACAACAAUGAAUAAAAAAAAUGAUAAUUUUAUAGAUAAUGAAAGAAAAGACACUAAUUUAAUAACAAAUACUAAUGAUAUGAAAAAUAGUAUUAAAAACAAUGCUAAUAAAAAUAUGAAAAAAGAAAGAAAAGUUAAUGGAAUAAUUAAAGAUGACAAUUAUAAAGGAAAUGAUAAAAAUUGUACUAAUAAAAAUAAUAUAUGUGACAUUAAUGAAAAGGUUAAAAAAAAAACUGAUCAAGAUAUUAAUGAUGAUUAUGACGAAAAAAAUAAAGUUUGCAAAAAAAAGGAAGAGGAAAAAAGUAAAGAUCAAACUAACAAUCGUCUUCCUGUAGAACAAAAUAAUGAAAAUUAUAUUAAUGAAAAAACAAAGAUGAAAAAAUUAAACGUUAACGAAAAUAAUAAUGAAAAAAAAAAAAAUAAAAAAAAAAAAUAUGAAAAAAAAUAUUUCAAUGAAAAUAAGAAAAAUAGUAGUAGCAAUAAAAAAACAAAAAUUUUAACUGCUGAAAAUAUAUUUUGCAUGAAUAUCUUACAUAAUAAUGUCAAUACAUUUGAUGAAGAGGAAGAAGAUGAAGAUGAAGAUGACGAAGAUGAAGAAAAAAAUAUGAAUAAGUGCAAAUGUAAUGGAAAAGGAUGCAUAUAUAUGACAGAAGAAAUAAAUUUUAAAUGUAAUUGUAAUGAUUGUCCAUUUGCAAAUGGCUAUAAAAAUUUAAUUAGUGUAGAUGACCCAUAUAUCCAAUCUCAUUUUGUGCAACCAAAUUUAGAUAUUUUAGGUUCUUGGGGUAGUAAAUGCUUUUUAGAAAGCAUAGGUUUAGAUAUUUACGUAAAAGGAUAUAGCGUUGCUUUAAAAAAUGAAAACAUAAAAAUAUGUGUUAAGUUAAGUAAAAAAAUACAAGAAGAAUUAUAUAAAUUAAGUAAAAGUGAAAAAUAUAAAAAUAACAACUUAGUUUAUUUACUAAGAGACAAGGGUAGUGAACUAUUGUCAAAUACACCAUUAACUAUAGAAACAAAUGAGAAUGGUGGUAUUGAUAUAUGGACUUUGCCAAUAUCUUUAGCGAUUAGCAAAAAAAAUAGAUAUCUUUUUUAUUUAGUUUUAAAAGGAGGUGCAAAAAUUGAUAUAUGGGAUUAUUUAGGAAAAUCUCCUUUAUAUAUUGCAUGUGAGAAUGAAUGUAAAGAAUUUGUUGAAGUUUUGCUAGAAGAAAAAAGAAAGAGAAGAAAAAAAAAUAAUAUAAUACAAUAUUCCUCUAAUAAAAACACUAUUUCUUUGAAUGACAAUAAAGAAAUAACUAUAGACAGUACCAGUAAAUUAUCCAAUAAAAAUGGUCAAAAAAACAGUCAAGCAAAUAAUAAUGAUAAAAAAGAUAUAUCAUAUAUAAAGCAAAAUGGAAAUGAACAUAAUAUUAAAGAAAAGAGCUUGACUUAUUCAGAAAAUGAAAAUAUUGAAGAAUUAAGGAGAAAUAUAAGUGAAAGAAAUAUUGUAGAUAAAGAAUGUGUACAAGAAAUAUCUUAUGAAAAAAAUAAAUCUUAUGAUGCGGAUUCAUCUAAUUUAGAUGGAGUAAAGAAAAAUGAAAAUUGUAAAACAAUAUGUAUUAGUCCAUAUGGGAAUACAUGUAAUAGUUAUUAUGUUACUUUUCCUUUUGAUAUAGAAAAUGGUUAUAUACCAUUAAAUAUUGCAAUAAAAAAAAAAAAUUUUUCUAUAGUCAAUUCAUUAGUAAAAAAUGGAGAAAAUUUAAAUAUAAUAUGUCCAUUUGUAAGAGAUUACAAAUCUCCCUUAUAUUUGGCAUGUGAAAAUAACAUCAGUGAAAUUAUUCAAUUAUUAUUAGAAAAUAAAGCAGAUCCUAAUUGGUGUUAUCAUAAUAAAUUUACUCCUAUAUUAUUAGCAUAUAAUUUAAAUAAAGCAUGGGUUAACCACUUCAUUGACGCAGGAGCUGGAGAAAGAUUAUGUGAUAGACACAUAUUAACAGAGGUCUUAUCUUGUGCUAUAUUUAAAAAUGAUUUAGCAACGGUUCAGUUACUUUUAAAAAAAUAUCCUCAGCUAUUACAGAAAGGUCAUAAUUUAUGGUCAUUACCUUUUAUUCAAGCAGCAAAACUAGAAAGACUAAAUAUAUUAAAAUAUUUAUAUUCUUUAAAAAAAGAAAUUAUAAAUCAAUUAGAUUUUAACAAUGUUCUUUCUCCAAUUCAUGUAGCUGCAGAAGAAGGGAAUAUAGAGGUUUUGAAUUUUCUUUUAGAAAACGAUGUAAAUAUAAAUUUAACAAAUAAGUUUCAUCAAAAUGCUUUACACAUUGCAUGCUUAGAAAAUCAAGAAAAGGUUGUACAAUUAUUAUUAAAUCAUAAUAUAGAUGUUAAUUGUAAAGACAAUAUAAAUGGUGAAUGCCCAUUAAUGAUUUGUAUAAGAACAAGAAACGAAAAUUUAGCUCUAUUAAUAUUAAAUGAAAGUAAAAACAUUAAUUACAAUCUUACUAAUAUACAUGGAGAAACAUCCUUAAUAUACUCUAUAUUUUAUGGAUUAUAUAAUAUUGCUGAUAUAUUAAUGAAGAGAGGUGCCGACGCAUCAGUUAGAGAUAUUAAUGGAGAUAAAUCAUAUAAUGUUGCAUGUGAAAGAGUUUUAUCACAUAGAACUUGCAAAAAAGUUUUAAAAAAAUUUCUUAAAUUAUAUAGAUCACAAAAUAAAAACUUUUUACCAAAAAAAAAUAAAAUUAACAAAAAAAAUAAGUUAUAUGAAUCUUAUCAGAGCAUUAAUCAAAGUUUAUUAAGUAUAUUUCGCUUAAAUAAAAAAAGAAAAAAGAAAAAAAUUAUGUCUUAUUCAAUAGAAAAUGAAAGUGUUCAUUAA